GCGCGCAGCGGGGCGCGGCGGCACGGGGGCCAGGUCCGGAGCCGGGUAGACGGCGGCGCAGUCCCAGUCGCCUCGGACGCCGCCCGCGGACCUGAUCCCGGGCCAGGCGCGGUUUCCGGCGCUGUCACGGCGGUCCCUAGAAGCGUCCUCGUCCCCCUCCGUACAGGAAUAGUACGUCUCCAAGUCUGCUUCAGGAAGAAAGUGCCUGCCAGUCCUGUGGUUUCUACGCAGGUUCAUGCCAUCCCAUAACACAGAAUCAGAAUUAGAAAAGUUUCUCACUGACCAGCCAAGAUGAACAUGGUGAAGAGGAUCAUGGGGCGGCCGCGGCAGGAGGAGUGUAGCCCGCAGGACAACGCCUUGGGUCUGAUGCACCUCCGCCGGCUCUUCACAGAGCUGUGCCAUCCACCCCGGCACAUGACCCAGAAGGAGCAGGAGGAGAAGCUGUACAUGAUGCUGCCGGUGUUCAACAGGGUUUUUGGAAAUGCUCCACCAAACACAAUGACAGAAAAAUUUUCUGAUCUACUACAGUUCACGACACAAGUCUCAAGACUAAUGGUGACCGAAAUUAGGAGGAGAGCAUCCAACAAAUCCACAGAGGCUGCGAGUCGAGCCAUCGUCCAGUUUCUGGAGAUCAAUCAGAGUGAAGAAGCCAGCCGAGGAUGGAUGCUUCUGACAACUAUUAAUUUGUUGGCAUCCUCUGGUCAGAAAACCGUGGACUGCAUGACAACGAUGUCAGUGCCUUCCACCCUGGUUAAAUGUUUAUAUCUGUUUUUUGACCUUCCACAUGUGCCUGAGGCAGUUGGAGGGGCACAGAAUGAGCUACCUCUAGCAGAGCGGCGGGGACUCCUCCAGAAAGUUUUUGUACAGGUCCAGCCACCUCUGAAAAGCUCCACCUGUGAUCUGACGAGCUUGCCACUCGGAUUUAUCGAUACAGAAGUAAGGAGAAAAAAUAUAUUUGUUACUUUUUUUAGGUUGGAGCAAGCAAAAGAGGCCGAGUCCAAAGAUGCCUUGAAAGACCUGGUGAAUCUGGUAACUUCCCUGACCACAUACGGUGUCAAUGAGCUGAAGCCCGCAGGGGUCACCACGGGGGCGCCCUUCCUGCUGCCAGGAUUUGUAGUGCCUCAGCCUGCAGGCAAAGGUCACAGUGUGAGAAACAUCCAGGCCUUUGCUGUGCUUCAGAAUGCAUUUUUAAAAGCAAAAACCAGCUUCCUGGCCCAGAUCAUCCUGGACGCCAUCACAAACAUCUACAUGGCUGACAGUGCUAACUACUUCAUCCUAGAGUCACAGCACACUCUGUCACAGUUCGCUGAGAAGAUUUCUAAACUUCCAGAAGUCCAAAACAAAUACUUUGAGAUGCUGGAGUUUGUUGUCUUUAGCUUAAAUUACAUCCCUUGUAAAGAACUUAUUAGUGUUAGUAUCCUCUUAAAAUCUAGCUCUUCGUACCCCUGUAGCAUUGUUGCCAUGCAUACCCUUCUUAAGUUUACAAGACACGACUACAUAUUUAAAGAUGUGUUCAGGGAGGUGGGCCUUCUGGAGGUCAUGGUUAACCUUCUGCAUAAAUAUGCUGCCCUCUUGAAAGAUCCUGCUCAGGCGCUGCAUGACCAAGGGGACUCAAGAAAUAAUAGCUCAGUUGAGGACCAAAAGCACCUGGCUCUGUUGGUCAUGGAGACGCUGACCGUGCUCCUGCAGGGGUCCAACACAAAUGCAGGUGUUUUCCGAGAGUUUGGAGGAGCCCGGUGUGCACACAACAUCGUGCGGUACCCGCAGUGCCGGCAGCAUGCCCUCAUGACCAUCCAGCAGCUGGUGCUGUCUCCCAAUGGCGAUGACGACAUGGGCACCCUCCUGGGGCUGAUGCACUCGGCCCCGCCCACAGAGCUGCAGCUGAAGACCGACAUCCUGAGGGCCCUUCUGACUGUCCUUCGAGAAAGCCAUCGUUCGAGAACAGUGUUUAGGAAAGUGGGAGGCUUUGUGUACAUUAUCUCCUUGCUUGUGGCUAUGGAGAGAUCCUUGAGCUGUCCCCCCAAGAACGGCUGGGAGAAGGUGAACCAAAAUCAAGUGUUCGAGUUGCUCCACACCGUGUUCUGCACCCUGUCUGCGGCUAUGCGUUAUGAGCCAGCCAACUCUCACUUCUUCAAGACAGAGAUUCAGUAUGAGAAGCUGGCGGAUGCCGUGCGAUUUCUUGGCUGCUUCUCAGACCUAAGAAAAAUAAGUGCCAUGAAUGUCUUCCCCUCAAACACACAGCCGUUUCAAAGACUGUUAGAGGAAGAAGUAAUUUCCAUGGACUCCGUGUCACCCACCUUACGGCACUGUAGUAAACUCUUUAUUUAUCUCUACAAAGUGGCUACAGACUCUUUUGACAGUCGUGCAGAACAGAUCCCUCCUUGCCUGACAAGUGAGUCUUCUCUCCCCUCUCCUUGGGGGACACCAGCUUUGUCCAGGAAAAGGCAUGCAUAUCAUUCUGUUUCCAGUCCCCCUGUGUACCCUGCAAAAAAUGUUGCUGACUUGAAAGUUCAGGUGACCUCUCUGCAGAGUUCAGAUGCUGUUGUCAUCCAUCCUGGGGCCAUGCUUGCCAUGUUGGACCUCUUGGCCUCAGUGGGAUCAGGGACGCAGCCAGAGCAUGCUCUUGACCUCCAGCUCGCAGUGGCAAACAUUUUGCAGUCCCUGGUGCACACAGAGAGAAACCAGCAGGUCAUGUGUGAAGCUGGUCUUCAUGCGCGGCUGCUGCAGAGGUGCAGUGCAGCCCUGGCUGACGAGGACCACGUGCUGCACCCACCCCUGCAGCGCAUGUUCGAGCGGCUGGCCUCACAGGCCCUGGAGCCCAUGGUGCUGAGGGAGUUUUUACGUUUGGCAAGUCCUUUAAAUUGUGGUGCCUGGGACAAGAAACUGCUCAAACAGUACAGGGUCCACAAGCCAAGUUCCCUGAGUUAUGAGCCAGAGAUGAGAAGCAGUAUGCUCACGUCUCUGGAAGGUCUGGGUUCGGAUAAUGUUUUUAGCUUACAUGAAGAUAACCAUUACCGAAUAAGCAAAAGCCUGGUGAAAUCUGCCGAAGGGAGUACCGUACCAUUGACGAGGGUGAAGUGUCUGGUCUCCAUGACAACCCCACAUGACAUCAGACUGCAUGGGUCCUCAGUUACUCCAGCUUUUGUUGAAUUUGAUGCGUCCCUCGAAGGGUUUGGCUGCCUGUUUCUGCCCAGUCUGGCCCCUCACAACGCUCCCACAAAUAAUGCUGUCACUACGGGGCUCACGGAUGGUGCUGUGGUCAGUGGCAUUGGCUCCGGUGAGCGGUUUUUCCCUCCGCCGUCUGGCCUGAGUUACUCCAGCUGGUUCUGUGUGGAGCACUUCAGCUGCGCCCCACACCACCACCCAGUCCGCUUGCUCACCGUGGUGCGGCGUGCUACCUCCUCGCAGCAGCACUAUGUGUGCCUGGCCGUGGUCCUCUCCGCCAAAGACCGCUCUCUGAUCGUCUCCACCAAAGAGGAGCUGCUCCAAAACUAUGUUGAUGAUUUUAGUGAAGAAUCUUCUUUUUAUGAGAUUCUGCCCUGCUGUGCACGCUUCCGAUGCGGAGAGCUGAUUGUGGAGGGGCAGUGGCACCACCUGGCCCUGGUGAUGAGCAAGGGCAUGCUGAAGAACAGCACAGCCACGCUGUACAUCGAUGGGCAGCUGGUCAGCACUGUCAAGCUUCAUUACGUCCACAGCACGCCUGGGGGCUCUGGCUCCGCAAACCCCCCAGUGGUGAGCACAGUCUAUGCCUACGUGGGGACCCCCCCUGCCCAGCGCCAGGUGGCGUCGCUGGUGUGGCGCCUCGGGCCUGCCCACUUUUUGGAGGAAGUGUUGCCCCCUUCCAGUGUCACCACCAUCUAUGAGCUUGGACCAAACUACGUGGGGAGCUUUCAGGCGGUGUGUAUGCCGUGUAAAGAUGCAAAAUCAGAAGGUGUCGUGCCCUUGCCUGUGUCCCUAGUCCCAGAGGAGAAGGUGUCCUUCGGUCUGUAUGCACUGUCUGUGUCCUCCCUGACUGUGGCGCGGAUUCGGAAGGUGUACAACAAGCUGGACAGCAAGGCCAUUGCUAAACAGUUAGGCAUCUCCUCCCACGAGAAUGCCACUCCGGUGAAAUUGAUACAUAAUUCUGCAGGACACCUGAAUGGACCUGCUCGGACCAUCGGGGCCACUUUGAUUGGAUACUUGGGAGUAAGAACGUUUGUCCCUAAGCCUGUUGCCACUACUUUGCAGUACAUCGGGGGCGCGGCGGCCAUCCUGGGCCUGGUGGCCAUGGCCUCCGACGUGGAGGGGCUCUAUGCUGCUGUCAAGGCCCUGGUGUGCGUGGCCAAGAGCAACCCACUGGCCAGCAAGGAGAUGGAGAGGAUCAGGGGCUACCAGCUGCUGGCGAUGCUGCUUAAGAAGAAGCGACCUCUCCUUAACAGCCACAUCCUUCACCUGACCUUUUCCCUGGUGGGAACUGUUGACAGUGGGCAUGAGACCUCCAUCAUUCCGAAUUCCACCGCUUUCCAGGACCUUCUUUGUGAUUUUGAGGUCUGGCUCCAUGCACCAUAUGAGCUUCAUCUCUCCUUAUUUGAACAUUUCAUUGAGCUGCUGACUGAGUCCAGUGAGGCUUCCAAGAACGCCAAGCUAAUGAGGGAAUUCCAGUUAAUCCCAAAGCUGCUCCUGACUCUUCGGGAUAUGUCUCUGUCCCAGCCAACCAUCGCUGCUAUUAGUAAUGUGCUGAGCUUCUUGCUGCAAGGUUUCCCCAACAGCAAUGAUCUGCUCAGGUUUGGCCAGUUUAUUUCUUCUACUUUGCCAACCUUUGCAGUUUGUGAGAAAUUUGUAGUUAUGGAAAUAAAUAAUGAAGAGAAACUUGACACUGGAACAGAAGAGGAGUUUGGAGGUCUUGUGUCUGCUAAUCUUAUACUUUUGAGGAACAGACUGCUAGAUAUCUUGCUAAAACUAGUUUAUACAUCUAAAGAAAAGACAAGCAUUAACUUGCAAGCUUGUGAAGAGCUGGUCAGGACCUUGGGUUUUGACUGGGUUAUGAUGUUCAUGGAGGAGCACCUGCACCCGACCACGGUGACGGCGGCCGUGCGCAUUCUCGUAGUCCUGCUGAGCAGCCCACCCAUUCUCAUCAAGUUCAAAGAAGGGCUCAGCGGUGGAGGGUGGCUGGAGCAGACAGAUUCCGUCCUAACCAAUAAGAUCGGAACUGUAUUAGGGUUCAACGUGGGCAGGAGUGCUGGAGGGCGAUCGACGGUCAGGGAGAUUAACCGGGACGCCUGCCACUUCCCCGGCUUUCCGGUUCUCCAGUCCUUCCUCCCUAAGCACACCAAUGUCCCUGCCCUCUAUUUUCUCCUCAUGGCCUUGUUCCUUCAGCAGCCAGUUAGUGAGCUGCCUGAGAACCUGCAGGUCAGUGUGCCUGUCGCCAGCAGCCGAUGUAAGCAGGGUGGCCAGUUCGAUCUGGAUUCUAUCUGGAAGUUUAUCUUUGGUGUCCCAGCCUCCAGUGGGACUGUGGUCUCGUCCAUCCACAAUGUGUGCACAGAGGCUGCUUUCUUGCUGCUGGGCAUGCUCCGCAGCAUGCUGAAUUCGCCGUGGCAGUCGGAAGAAGAGGGGUCUUGGCUGCGAGAAUACCCAGUGACCCUGAUGCAGUUCUUCCGCUACCUGUACCACAACAUGCCUGACCUUGCCUCCAUGUGGAUGAGCCCUGACUUCCUGUGCGCCUUGGCUGCGACCGUCUUCCCCUUCAAUAUCCGCCCUUACUCAGAGAUGGUGACUGAUCUCGAUGAUGAAGUCGGAUCUCCUGCAGAAGAGUUCAAAGCCUUUGCUGCGGACACAGGGAUGAACAGGAGUCAAUCCGAGUAUUGCAAUGUGGGCACCAAGACCUAUCUGACCAACCACCCAGCUAAAAAGUUCGUUUUUGACUUCAUGCGGGUCUUAAUAAUAGACAACCUCUGCCUCACCCCUGCCAGCAAGCAGACGCCACUGAUCGAUCUUCUGCUGGAGGCUUCCCCUGAAAGAUCAACAAGAACUCAGCAGAAAGAAUUUCAGACUUACAUUUUGGACGGUGUGAUGGACCACCUGCUUGCAGCUGAUGUGUUAUUGGGGGAAGACGCAUCUCUGCCUAUUACCAGCGGAGGAAGCUACCAGGUAUUGGUGAACAAUGUGUUCUAUUUCACACAACGUGUGGUGGACAAGCUUUGGCAAGGCAUGUUCAACAAAGAAUCUAAACUUCUUAUAGAUUUUAUAAUUCAACUAAUUGCACAGUCGAAGAGAAGAUCACAAGGGCUGUCAUUGGAUACAGUCUAUCACUGCCUCAAUAGGACCAUCUUGUAUCAGUUCUCACGGGCACACAAGACUGUCCCUCAGCAAGUACAGCUCUUGGACUCACUCCGGCUCCUGACUGUCAACCGGAACUUGAUCUUGGGACCUGGGAACCACGACCAGGAAUUCAUCAGCUGUCUCGCUCACUGCUUGAUUAAUCUGCAUGCUGGAAGCAACGUGGAAGGAUUUGGACUAGAAGCUGAAGCUCGCAUGACCACAUGGCACAUUAUGAUUCCUUCUGACAUCGAACCUGAUGGUGGUUACAGCCAAGAUAUUAGUGAAGGGCGUCAGCUCCUCAUAAAAGCAGUCAACAGAGUUUGGACUGAGCUGAUUCAUAGUAAGAAACAGGUCCUGGAGGAGCUUUUCAAGGUCACUCUGCCUGUGAACGAACGGGGCCAUGUGGACAUUGCCGUCGCACGGCCACUCAUCGAAGAAGCGGGUCUGAAAUGCUGGCAGAAUCACUUGGCCCAUGAAAAGAAAAGCAUAAGUCGAGGAGAAGCUCUAGUGCCCACCACACAGUCCAAACUGUCCCGAGUCAGCAGUGGCUUUGGGCUUUCCAAGUUAACAGGAUCAAGGAGGAAUCGGAAGGAAAGUGGUCUAAACAAGCACAGUCUUUCCACUCAAGAGAUCUCUCAGUGGAUGUUCACACACAUAGCGGUUGUCCGGGACUUAGUGGACACGCAGUAUAAGGAGUAUCAGGAGCGCCAGCAAAAUGCCCUGAAGUACGUGACAGAGGAGUGGUGCCAGAUUGAGUGUGAGCUCUUGCGGGAGCGAGGAUUGUGGGGUCCACCCAUUGGGUCCCAUCUGGACAAGUGGAUGCUGGAGAUGACGGAAGGGCCCUGCAGAAUGAGGAAGAAAAUGGUGCGCAAUGACAUGUUCUAUAACCACUAUCCGUAUGUGCCAGAGACAGAGCAAGAGGCUAAUGUGACGUCUGAAAUCCCAAGUAAACAGCCUGAGACACCUGAUGAUAUCAUUCCUCAAAAGAAGCCUGCUCGGUACAGAAGGGCUGUCAGCUAUGACAGCAAAGAAUACUACCUGCGCCUGGCCUCUGGCAACCCUGCCAUUGUCCAGGACCCCAUUGUGGAGAGCUCGGACGGGGAAGCUGCGCAGCAGGAGCCGGAGCACGGUGAAGACACCAUCGCCAAAGUCAGAGGUCUGGUCAAGCCUCCUCUAAAGCGCUCUCGAUCUGCACCCGAUGGAGGAGAUGAGGAGAACCAGGAGCAGCUACAAGACCAGAUUGCCGAGAGCAGCACCGUAGAAGAGGAGGAGAAAACAGACAACGCCACAUUACUGCGCCUGCUAGAGGAAGGAGAAAAGAUCCAGCACAUGUACCGCUGCGCCCGCGUCCAAGGCCUGGACACCAGUGAGGGGCUCCUGCUUUUUGGUAAAGAACACUUUUAUGUGAUUGAUGGAUUUACCAUGACAGCAACCAGGGAAAUACGCGACAUUGAAACCUUACCCCCAAAUAUGCACGAGCCCAUUAUCCCUCGAGGAGCCAGGCAGGGCCCCAGUCAGCUCAAGAGAACGUGCAGCAUUUUCGCCUAUGAAGAUAUCAAGGAGGUGCACAAGAGGAGGUAUCUCCUGCAGCCCAUUGCUGUGGAAGUUUUCUCUGGAGAUGGACGGAAUUACCUCCUUGCUUUUCAGAAAGGAAUAAGAAACAAAGUCUACCAAAGGUUUUUGGCAGUGGUUCCAUCCCUGACAGACAGUUCAGAGUCGGUGUCUGGACAGCGGCCGAAUACCAGCGUGGAGCAGGGAUCUGGGUUACUUAGUACUUUGGUUGGAGAGAAGUCUGUGACUCAGAGAUGGGAGAGAGGAGAAAUCAGCAACUUCCAGUAUUUGAUGCACUUGAACACCCUGGCCGGCAGGUCAUACAAUGAUCUCAUGCAGUAUCCCGUCUUUCCCUGGAUCCUCGCAGAUUACGACUCAGAGGAGGUAGAUCUUACUAACCCCAAGACCUUCAGGAACCUGGCUAAACCCAUGGGAGCACAGACAGAUGAGCGAUUAGCGCAGUACAAGAAGCGGUACAAAGACUGGGAGGACCCUAACGGAGAAACCCCAGCGUACCACUAUGGGACCCACUACUCGUCUGCAAUGAUUGUGGCCUCCUACCUCGUGAGGAUGGAGCCUUUCACACAGAUAUUCUUAAGGCUACAGGGUGGCCACUUCGACCUGGCAGACCGAAUGUUCCACAGCGUGCGUGAGGCCUGGUACUCAGCCUCCAAGCACAACAUGGCAGAUGUAAAGGAGCUCAUCCCAGAGUUUUUCUACUUACCUGAAUUCCUGUUCAACUCCAACAACUUCGAUCUGGGCUGCAAACAGAAUGGCACCAAGCUCGGAGAUGUCAUCCUUCCACCCUGGGCCAAAGGGGACCCUCGAGAAUUCAUCCGUGUCCACCGUGAGGCUCUAGAGUGUGACUACGUGAGCGCCCAUCUGCACGAGUGGAUUGACCUGAUCUUUGGCUACAAGCAGCAGGGCCCAGCGGCAGUGGACGCUGUCAAUGUCUUCCACCACCUUUUCUAUGAGGGCCAAGUGGACAUCUACAACAUCAACGACCCUCUGAAGGAGACAGCGACCAUUGGAUUCAUCAACAACUUCGGCCAGAUUCCCAAGCAGUUAUUUAAGAAACCUCACCCACCAAAGCGAGUAAGGAGUCGACUCAACGGAGACAGUGCGGCAAUCUCUGUCCCUCCCGGCUGCACGAAUGACAAGAUCUUUUUCCACCACCUAGACAACUUGCGGCCCUCUCUCACACCUGUGAAAGAACUCAAAGAGCCAGUGGGACAGAUAGUCUGUACAGACAAAGGCAUCCUUGCAGUGGAGCAGAACAAGGUUCUUAUCCCACCUGCCUGGAACAAGACUUUCGCCUGGGGCUAUGCAGACCUAAGCUGCAGAUUGGGAACCUAUGAGUCUGACAAGGCGGUGACCGUGUACGAAUGCUUAUCCGAGUGGGGCCAGAUUCUGUGUGCCGUCUGCCCCAACCCCAAGCUGGUCAUCACAGGUGGCACAAGCACAGCGGUGUGUGUGUGGGAGACGGGCACCUCCAAGGAGAAGGCCAAGAGCCUAGCGCUGAAGCAGGCCUUGCUAGGCCACACAGACACUGUGACCUGUGCCACAGCAUCCUUAGCCUACCAUAUAAUCGUCAGUGGGUCCCGUGACCGAACCUGCAUCAUUUGGGACUUGAACAAAUUGUCCUUCCUAACCCAGCUCCGAGGCCACCGAGCACCAGUUUCUGCUCUUUGUAUCAAUGAAUUAACAGGGGACAUUGUGUCAUGCGCUGGCACAUACAUCCACGUAUGGAGUAUUAACGGGAACCCCAUCGUGAGCGUGAACACAUUCACAGGUCGGAGCCAGCAGAUUAUGUGCUGUUGCGUGUCCGAGAUGAAUGAGUGGGACACACAGAAUGUCAUUGUGACGGGACACUCCGAUGGCGUGGUUCGGUUUUGGAGGAUGGAAUUUUUGCAAGUUCCUGAAACACCAGCUCCUGAGCCUGUUGAAGUCGUAGAAAUGCAGGAAGAAUGUCCAGAAGCACAAAUAGGGCAGGAACCCCAAGAUGAAGACAGCAGUGACUCUGAAGCAGAGGAGCCAAGCCUCACCCAGGAGCCCAAGGACGUCCCCAGCCAGCCCAACAGCACCAGCCACAGGCCCCGGGCAGCAUCCUGCCGAGCCACAGCCGCCUGGUGCACUGACAGCAGCUCAGACGACUCUCGGCGCUGGUCUGACCAGCUCAGCCUCGAUGAGAAAGACGGCUUCAUAUUUGUGAACUAUUCCGAAGGCCAGGCCAGAUCCCGCCUGCAGGGGCCCCUCCACCACGCCCACCCCAACCCCACAGAAGCAAGGAGCUACUGCAGAUUGAAACCUGGGUACCGAUGGGAGCGGCAGCUGGUGUUCCGGAGCAAGCUGACCAUGCACACGGCCUUCGAUCGCAAGGACAAUGCGCAUCCAGCCGAGGUCACCGCGCUGGGUGUGUCAAAGGACCACAGCAGGAUCCUGGUUGGGGACAGUGAAGGCCGAGUCUUCAGCUGGUCCGUGAGUGACCAGCCAGGCCGUUCCGCAGCUGACCACUGGGUGAAGGAUGAAGGCGGGGACAGCUGCUCAAACUGCACGGUGCGCUUCUCACUCACAGAACGACGACAUCACUGCAGGAACUGCGGCCAACUUUUCUGCCAGAAGUGCAGCCGAUUUCAGUCUGAAAUCAAACGCUUGAAAAUCUCCUCUCCAGUGCGAGUUUGCCAGAACUGUUACUAUAACCUGCAGCACGAGAGGAGCUUGGAGGAUGGGCCUCGAAAUUGCUGAGGCUGGACUGGCUGGCCAGAGACCAGGCCUGUAGACCCCUUCCUGAUUCCCUGUCCCAGCGUGAAAGGCAUGGAAAACAGCCUCCGUUUACACAUCUCUUCACACCACAUGUUUGAAUCGUUGAACUCAAAGGGAUCACUGGAGAAACGGGCGCAGAGUGCAGUGACGGGGCGGACGCUCUGGCAAACAGCUCGAGGAGGCGAGGUGGUGCCUAGCAGCAGCAUUUUAGUUGUCCGGUUCUCCCUGGUACCAUUAGCUGGCUCCAAGAACAAGCCCUCACUGAUAACUGUCUUUUCCUGCAUCUCAUUUUUAUAGAGCCCUCUAUCCUAAUUUGGAAAACCUACAAAAACAACAAAAAAAAAGGCUUUUAGAAAAUGGUUGUAAAUCUGACUUCUUUGCAAGUAACUGUGUAUAUUGUAAAUAAGUAUAAAGGCCUUUUUUUUCCUAAAUAAGGACCUAACUGCCUGUAACCUGAGACUUCAAACUGAAUCGCUAACUCAGUGAACUCUUUACGGUUUGUCUAACAUCUCUCACCAACUAAUUAUAAAUAUCUUUUUUUAAAUCCUCAAGGACAUUAUCUGUGGUCUUUUCUUUUCAAACCCAGCCCAUGUGCCUAAUGUCUUUUCUUUUAAGUUGCUCACUGUGUCCCCAUUCACACUAGGCUAGUAACCAAAAUAACACGGACCUUCUUUAGGAAACGGUGGGGAGAAUUAAAGACGCGCCAGAAGUAGCCUGGAAAUAGCGGGGCACCUUGCGCCUGGCUGUGCACACCACUUCAGUGUUGUUCCUCAUACGCGGCCCCAGAGACACACAUGCAGCUGCCCUGUGUGUGGAGCGGACCUUCCUGGUGUGGCGGGGGAGGUCAUGUGACCAGUGGGAGGCACCCCGCCUCUGUAAUGGAAAUCUAUUUGCAUGUGACCCCAAACUAGCUUCUCUUGCAUAGAACAUAAUAAGUAUGUGUCUUUGGUGAUACCAAUGUUCUACUAUAGUUUAUUUUCAAAAAAGGGUUAAAAAAAAGUGUACAGAAUUAACCUGUAAACCUUGUUGUAAAACUGGAUCAUGUCAGAACUGCUUAAAAUUAACCUUUACCAUUUAAUGCCAUCUACCUGAAGAACAGUGAGAUUUAUACUGUAUCAAUGUCUAUUUUUUUGUUUUUUGCUAUGAAUAUAAUUACAGUAUUUUAAUAUUUAGUUAUUUAAUUUGUUCUAGUUGGAUAUGAAACACACAAAUCCAGGGGGAUUGAAGCUCGUAGGGGGAUAAGAGAUUAGUUUACAGAAAAGGCUUUGGUGGUGGGAUUUUUAAAAAUGUGUGUUAUGUACAUAAAUAUAAAUAUAUAUAUAUAAAAUCAAAUAAAACAAUUAAUCUAGAUUUUAACAUUUUCAGAUGCUUAAUGAUAAUAUUAUAAACAAUCCUAAAAGUCCUGGUGAUUUGAAAAGCAUAGAUCAUUAAUGGCCCAAGGAAGGAAGGAAGGGCAAGCUCUCAGACCCUUGCAGGUGGUGGGGACAGUGGCUUUGGCUUCCCAGCGUUCAUCGUUAGGCCCUGAUGACAGGUACUCUUAUGCACUGAAAUGCACAUAUAUGCACAUGCGUUUAAAAAUAGGCAUUUGGUACAGUAGUGAUCUUGUACCUGAUGGGCUGAAACCAGCUUAGGAACAGACUCGUUCUUCCUGAUAACUAGGUCUCCAAGAGAAAAUAGAAAGGCUGCUUUAGUGCCUUAUGCUUACUAAAUUCAAAUCUUUAUUUACCUAGUUUUGAGCCUACAGUCUAUUUAUGAGUACAUAUCAGAACUGAUGAAAACACUUCUAUUUCUGAAAGUUCAAGCAUACUUGUUAAUAAAAGGAAAAUUGGCAUUGACACUGUCACUCAAAGAAGAGUUGUGUCGUUUUCCUUUCUGCCCUGUCCUAGCCCUCCCGCUGUCACAACUGAUGCUGCCAGUCACCAGCCACAAAGACUGUGCCCGCUCCCAGUGGGCCUACCCUGUCGGCCUCUGGAUGCAUUGUAGCAGUGUUAUUCUACACUUUUUAAGAGGCAUCCUCCUGUGUCCAUGAACCAUGUUUCCCCUGUACCCAACAGCAGAGGUGUAAAGGACUGGAAUGUAGGAGUGUGCGUGUGGUUACUUACAGGUUGCUCUGGCAUGUCGUUGGAAGCUCGAUGGGAUGACCACUUUCAAACUUUCCAACACAACUUCCAGAACUAGAAGGUGGAAACCAAAACCCUCGCAUAUAGUAUUUCCUCUGGCAGCUGGUGCUGUGGGCAACUGCCUCAUGCGGUCGGGUUUCUUUUCCUUUUGCUUCUGAUACAGAAAUCACAGAUUCACACCCAGGUACACUCGCACCCAGAGCUGAUCUCGUCUGUGUUCUGUGUAAGUCUGUUCACCGCCACAGUCUCACGUGCACCCCACCUCUCUCCGCAAGAGGCCUCCCAGGGCUCCUGCCUGACCUCGGGGUCUGUCGUCCACCCCAUCACCGUGCGCUCGCUCAUGUACUCACUUGUGUGUGUAUUGUGUGCAAGUGUAAGGUCAUGCUUCCAAGGAAGAGAACAGUUGCCCGUAGCAGCCAUCCAUCUGGGUAAUAGCAAACAUUCUAGAUAAGUUAUUUUGCACUUUCUUAUGUAUAAAGUUGGUAGAAACUUAUUUUUGCUUUGUAUCAUUUAAAUACAUUUUGUUUUGGUAAAUGAACUGUAUAAAAUAUUUAUGCUGUUAAAACUGUUUCUAGAAAGUAUUUUUAAUUUCAGCAAGUUUGGUUACUUGUUGCAUGACUAUUAACACUGCUGACUUUUUGUGUCAGUGCGAUGUAUAUUUUUUGUCCUGUUAUUAACUUGUAAGCCCUAGUAAUGGCCAAUUGUUUGUACAGCAACAGAAGUAAACUGAAGAUACUGGCUAAGA